CUGGCAUGGUCCUUGUGGGCAAAGCUGGGGUGGGGGGGCUUUGUGGUGCCCCCAGGCUGGGCACAAUUGGCAUUGCUACUGAGAGAUGGCACAGACCCCAGUUUGGCUCUGGAUGGGUCCAGUGGGGCCUCAGUUUCCCUGCAUGGACUCUGCCCUGAUCCCCUGGUGAGCUGGCAGCCCCUUUACCCUGGGAAAGGGUAUGGGGCACUGCCACAACCUGCUGUCCCUUUGCCACACUGGCACUGUGCUGCUGGCAGCCCUGUCCACGCCACCAGGCCCCCCUCCCCACAGCUAUUUUUAUCCCCCCCCAACUGUGUUUCUCACUAUCCUAUUUUAAGCAGCGCAGUUGGCGCACUGGCAACCCAGUGCCCAGCUCCCAGGGGCCCCGCACCACCUCACUGCCCACUCACACUGCCCGGGCGCAGGGUAGAGGGAGCCAUGCCCAGGGAGGCUGCAGAAGACAGCAUGGGAAGGGUUGAGGGUGCUGCGCCAGCAGAGCCCGGGGACCCUGACAGCAGUGAGCCGGGAGCCAUCAGCCUGUGCCCCGUGGAGUCCAUCAGCGACCUGCACUUGGCCUCGGGCGGGCAGAAGGGCACAGAGGGCAACGGCCCGGCUCCCUCCAGCAGCCUGCGCCGGCCUCCACCUCGGCCCGUGUCCCCUGUGUCCCCAGUGCUACUGCCCACCCUGCGCCCCGUGCCCCCUGCCAGCCCCUGCCCCUGCCUCGGCCCUGGCCACCCCCUGCUGCUGGCUCUGCUGGUGCUCCUGGCACUGGCGAGCCUGGUCCUGGCCACGCUGGCCAUCUACCUGAGUGUCCUGCAGAGCCAGUCCGUGCGGGCGCUGGCCCAGUGGCUGGAGAGCCAGGAGGAUGCCGUGCACCAGCUGCGGGCAGCCAGCAGGCAGCUCUGGGCUCGCCUCAACGCCAGCACCCAGCCCGGCGGGCACCGCUGAGCUGCUCCCAGCCCCACCACGGGCUCCAGGCCACCACGGGAAGGGGCAGCGAAGGGCAGGAGGGGGCAACGGGCAGCCUUACCUGCUCAGACCUGGCAGCAUUGCCUCUCGGGGCACAGGGGCAAUCCUGGCUCCCGCCCCAGGCUGCGAGAGAAAGGGACAGGGCUGUAAGGACCGGCACCCGCCUCUGUGACAGCCCUUCCUCUUAACAAGGCAGAAGACACCCUCCAAUUAGCCU